AUGCAUCAGCUUCAGUGGCUUCCAUUCUUUAUUCCUUCCCUUAAACCUCUACGUUGUAGGGUGGAAUUCCCGUAUGGUCCCUACUCCCCGGUUGGACGUCAGCGUUUGGAAUUAAUGGUUUUACCUGAGGAAGCGUUGAAAUUUCUCCUUGCUCGUGAACUAUUUCGUCUGGGAGCUAGAUGCCUUGAUGGCUCUGAACUGUUCUGUUCCUCGAGAGCACGUGCCAUGAUGACAGUUGGGGGAAUGGUUGGCGGCUUGUACGGUGCUUAUCAGACUGCGUACAUUUUAAAUAGAGCGUUCAAGCUGCCUGUCCGUUGGCGACCACCGUCGCGUCUUCUUCUGUACACCGGUUUGGCAUUUCUCGGACUUCUGUGUCAAUGGCAGUUUGCUCUGGCCGUUCGCCGGCACAUCUGUUUCGCUGUGGACCGAUUAGCGGGGAGUUUGAACUCCUCGUUUUUGCAUGGUGGAUUGAUUUAUUAUGAUUGGCGCAUUAGAUGGAACACUUUUUGGUUCGAUCGCUCUGUGGGGUUUCAUGAAAAUAAUCACAAGAAUUACCCUGCUACCGGUUUCUUCAAUGUGCACCAAGACGGCAUAGAAGGCAUGCACCAAUCAAAUCAACGACAGUUAGGGUUCGGUGGUCCCAAACCAUCCAGCGCUCAUGACUUGGAAACAGGUUACUAUCUUCCUGUCGUUUCGAACGCAUCAGAAGGGCAGACACAUAAACAAACUUCUUUGGUUCGCUCUGGCCGAUUCACAUAUUUCACCAAUCCACGCGUUAGUCCACGGGGCAAUGAAUUGUGGUGCGGUGAUGGGGAUGGAUUCAGUUUUGGUCUUACGGAAUUUUUGGAACUAGGUUUGGUGCCCUCAGUUGUUGCUUGGUUUUUCAGUCUUUGCUCUUCCCCAGCCACGAGCCGAAUGCGCUAUGCACGGAUGGCAGCAGCUCUGAACAAAACGGAGUAUAAAGCACAAUGA